AUGUUUUUGAGUGAUGAAAUUGAUAAAGCAGUUAGAGGAAUUGAUGAUGAGGAUGAGGAUUCAAAACAUACUAGGUCAUUUGUAUCGUGGAGACCUUACAAUAGAUUCUAUGCAGAGGGAACUGAGGAAUUAUUUACAAAUAUACCAACAGGUCGUUCACCAUUAGUUAUGGCAGCUCCUUCUGCUGAUAGACAAACAAUGUUGAAAGAUUUGGAUUCUGAAAGGAAGCCUCUUCCAAUUGAGUAUCAAGCUAUGCGUAGAUCUCAUUUAAAGUUGGUCGGAAGACAAUUAAAGGAAUUUGAACAGGAUCAAUUGAAAAAGAUGUCUAAUAAUCAAACUGUUGAAAAUGAAAGACAAGAAACGACUCAAUCCAUUCAACAAAGAUAUUUGAAGUCGAGUAAUAAGGCACCUCUAAUUGUUCCAAAGAAUGACUAUAAUGAGCCAUCAUAUGUUUCACAAGAUUUGAGAAUUGGAGCUUAUCAAAGAUAUCAACCUUUGGAUAAAAAGACGUCAGUCAAAAAACAAUUGCUUAAAUUUGAGGGUGACAUUUCAGAAAGACGUCCUGAUCUCGAUUACAAAUUUGAAUUGGACUAA